AUGCACACGUUGGAGGGGAAUGAGUUAUGGAAGGAAUGCGUUCGAUGGUUAGUUGACAUGGGAGUGCUCGACCAUCGGAUAGCGCCUACUAACUCGAUGCUGGAAUUUGCCACAAUGCUGAGGGAUGGUGUUCUAUUGUGUCGUCUAUUAAACGAAUUAUCUCCCAACUGUGUUGAGGAGAAAGAAAUUCAAAGGCGUCCUCAUAUGUCAGAAUUUACUUGUCAUAAAAACAUAUGCCUAUUUCUUGGUGCCUGCAAAACUGUUUUUAAUCUGAAACAAGAUCAAAUGUUCGAAGCUUGGGAGCUGUUUCGUUUACAAGACUUCGCGAAAGUGCUAUCCGUCCUUUCCAUGUUGUCCUACUCUGAGCCUGCAUUAGCAAAAAACACCAUUUCCCUCCGAAAUAAAUGCGGCAUUAUCUCCCCAAUCUUCCUCUACGAAUAUGCCCUCCUCCAGAAGAAGAGGCUAUCUAUCGCAGUUUACAAGAAGACGUUGAAAAGGAAUGAAGAAGAGGAGCCGCAGUUCAUCUACGACCAUAUCGUCUGCCGAAAGGACAGCCAGCGCAAACACGAUGUGUGGUCAAGCUUCUCGCCAUCUUCAAAACGAGAACACUGCAUGAAAGAAUUGUUAGACACAGAACAAAACUAUGUUGAGAAGGCCCUGAACAUGAUCAUCAACAAGUUCUAUGAGCCUCUUCAGAAGGUUGUUCGAGAGGCAGAUCACAAAUUGAUCUUCAUGAAUAUCAUGACGUUAUGGAACUUGCAUCACUCGUUUUAUAGCGACCUACGACAUGCAGUGCUAAAAACAUUGGGUUUGAACCAACCAAAUGAGGGUCGGCCGAACUCGUUGGCCCUAGGACGCACUAUUGGCGAUGUUUUUGUCCAGCACAAAGACAAAUUUAUCGCGUACGGUCCUUAUUGUAUGGGUCUUAGCGAUUCAAGAGCCCGUAUACUUGAAUUGGAGAAGAAUGAUCCUACCGUCAAAGCCAAGAUCUAUGAAUGCACGGCGUCCGUAAACGAUAACCAAUUCAAAUUGCAAGAUUUACUAUGUCUUCCAAUGCAACGCGUCCUGAAGUACCAUAUACUACUC